UCCAUGUUUUCAUGCCCCUUGCGAGGUCACGUCAAUCAAGCACUAACAUUGCAACGAAUGCACCAGUCACCCGUCCCCAUCAAGUGUGAGGCAGCGCAGCUAAUCAACAGCAGCAGCUACAUGGUCGGACCGCUCCCUGCUCAUCACCGGCCUCAGCUGGUGGAUGAGGGCUGGGGCUGCUCCUCUGACACCUGCUGCGUCACCUGGCGACCAUCCCCAGAAAUUUGCUUUGCCGCUGCCUCCUGGGAGGGCUGAAUGUCAUCAAGAAAGAUUGUCACCGCCGUGAGAUUGUCCUGACGACACACACACACACACACACACACGGGUCCAGCCAGGGAUCACAGGGAAGAAAGGAUGCCUGCUGUGUUCGUACCUCGCUGCCCUUUUGGUAUGCCUUCAUGACGACCGCCGAUGCAGCUUCCUUGGGAUUGCCAUCGUGCUCAGACACCAUAUCGAUCACGGCCUGAUGGACGAACAGACACACACACGACAAAGGCCUCCCUCGCUUCCUGGCCGUAUGUCGACCGUCCUGUGUUGUCAUUGAGACUUGCCUGGUCCGACAGCACGUCCCAGACGCCGUCGCACGCCAUGAAGAUGACACGAUGCCUGGCGUCUAGGGGCACAGUGCAGAUCUCGGGGGUGACAAUCACCAGGCCCUCGUCCUUCAACUCCUUGUCGCCAAACGCACGGGACACUGCCCACACACACACAUACAGACAGGAGCAAAGUGAUGAGGCUGGCGGCAUUGUGAUGUAGUAUGAUGCAUUGCCGACCUGCGAGGGCUAUGGGUUGCUUCUCGGUCGCCCCUCCAUACUGGCAGGUGCUCAGCUUGAUGCGCUUCACCCGGGCCUGCCAUCCAUCCAUCCAUCCAUGGACGCACCAAGCAAUCGAAUGUCCACGCAUUCCACAAUCACAGACGUGAGCCUUUCUCACCUCGUAGUCCGAGUUUGCGACUCGAUAGACUCCACCCGCCUUGAAGAUGCGGCCUCUUCAAAUAGGCGCCCCACAAGACAACCGACGAAUCCAGCCAGCCAUUCAUGAGCGUGGUGUGAAAACCGUUCCGGCUGUGUGCAUGUCAUGUACCCGAUACAUACCCUGCCUUCUCGAUGCGCGUACGUUCAUCAGGCCUGUUGGGCUUGUGAUCCUCCGUCAGACGCUCCGCCACCUGAUCAUACCAUACCAGAUCAGACAGAGAAAACGCACGUUUCCUCCACUCGUGUCAAUCUGCCUGCCUACGCUAUGGCACUGCACACACGUACCAUUUUGCCCUCAUCGUUUUUCCUGCCCGCCACAGCCCUCGAGUCGCCCACAAACGCCACAUAGACCUUGUUUCCCAGCACGAGCGUCAGCACAGCCGUGCAGCCGUCCCUGUUCAGCCGAUACUUCUGCAGGAAAGCCACGUCCGUCGAGUGGAAGGCGCGCCGAAAACUCUCAUGUAUCCUCCUGUCCUGCGAGAUCUCGUCACUGUCGCUUGUGGCGGCUGACGGGGCCACUGGGGUGCCGUUUGACGCGUCUGUGUUUGCCGGUGGGGGAGCAGAGGCUGAGUCAGAUGGGGCAGGGUGAGAGGGUUUGGAGGGUGUGUCGGUCUUGAGCAGCUCCUUCAUGAUCCGCAGCGGUAGCUCCUUGGCACAGAAUUCCGAUGCGAGAGUGCCGCAGUGGCCGUCGAACAAGCAGUACAGUGCACCUGACGGGCAGACAGACCGACCGACCGACCGAAAGGCAAGACAGAGCUGAUUGAAGCUGUCACCUUCCGCAGCCACUUACCCGGAUUCAUCGUCAAGCCGCUGUUGGCCAGUGCUUCCGCCAGCUGGUUAUCUUGACAGAAAGUCCUCAGAUCCCCGAUCAGCACGUGUCUGUCCUCCUGCUUCGGCCGCCUGCCCUGCAUGAAGCGUGCAUCAGCCGUCAGCCGAACCAAAGGAGGGUCCUGCUGCGCGGCGGACUCUUGAGGAGUUGCGACGAGCUCGUACUGCUGCGUGGCAUCGUUGAAUCCAUACCAGGCAUUGGUUUGUGUGCUGAAGUAGAGAGCCGACGGAGUGUGGAAGAGCCAUCCUUCCGCCGCCUGCACCCACUCGGAUGCGGCGAGGCUCGGAUCUACAGUGUUGCUGUCUGCCAUCCUGUUUCUUGAUCUUUCUUGUUCGCUCG